CCAAAUUCGAAAAUUCUUGUUUCCUUUAACUAAGAAAUAAAUUCUGAACAGAUUAAAAAUUUAAUUAAUUUCUGACCAAAAAUUGUGGUACAAUAUAUUUGUUUAUAUAAAUUAAUUACAAGGUAAGUGACGAUGAAUUUAGAAGACUGGUUUUCUACGACUUUACUGAUUCAAAAGCAGAUGUUCGAUUAUAUCAAGAGGUUGUUGAUAUGGAAGUAUUACGUGGAAUUGUUGAAACAUAUCUGACCGAGUACAACUCGAUGACAAAGAAGCCAAUACACUUGGUACUCUUCAGAUUUGCCAUUGAACAUUUGUCAAGAAUUUCACGAAUUAUAAAGCAACCGAGAAGUCCUGCUCUUCUUGUUGGUGUUGGUGGUUCCGGAAGGCCAUUAUUAACAAGAUUAUUGCCACACAUUUGCGACUAUGAUGUUUAUCAAGUCGAAAUUAGUAAACAUUAUAAAAUGCACGAAUGGCACGAGGAUAUUAAAUUAAUUUAUAGAAAAACAACAAAUUCAGAACUUCAUUCAACUUUUCUCUUCACUGAUUCGCAAAUUAAGGAGGAGAGCUUUUUAGAAGAUAUCAAUAAUAUUCUCAAUUCAGACAAGGUUAUUCUGCAACUCCAAGUCGCAUUCCAAGAGGAACAAUGAGAUCACGAACAUCAAAUCUACACAACAACAUCUUAGGAAAAAAAUUAGGAACACCGAUAAACGGUUCCAGUUCACGGACACGUACUCCAACAUAUCUCAUAAGUCCUGCAAGCAGAUCAGCUUCCAGACUAUUCUGCAACUCCCAAGUCGAAUUCCAAGAAGAACAGUGAGAACAACUGGUGAUAUACCAAUAUCAAGUUGACACAACAGCAUCUCGUGAAUGAAAGUAGGCACACCGAUAAACAGUUCCAGUUUAUGGCCACGUACUCCGACAGGUCUCAUUAGUCCUGCAAACGGAUCAGAUUCCAGUUGUUCACUGAAGAAGAAGAGGUUUACGACAUUUUCAAUGUGCAUACGAGCAGCGGAGACGUCCAUCAAUCGUAUUACAAAAUUUAUUUUAAUAAAAAUUCUUUAUGAAUUAUAAGUAAAAAAAAUUUUAAUUAUCGGAGAAUUCAAAUUAAAAUCGGUUGCGCGCCACUUCCAGUACAGUAAUGUCAGCCAAUUAACGACCGGCGUUCUGUGUUCCACCACCUCCAGCGGAGAGCGUCACUUCAAGAAUAUUCUCAGCCUAUCAACGCUCGGCGUUCUGC